UUGUUAUUUAAAACAUGGGAUUAUGCAGUGGUAAGACUAAUUCUACUAAAAAUAAUAAAUCAUAAGGUUAGAAUGAUGUAAAUAAAAAACUUAUAUUCUAGAAAUUUUAAAAUAAUGGUCUAAAGCAAUAGGCUUCACCAGAUUGUCACUUUUAAAGAAGUAAUAGAUUUGGAAAUUUAUCCUAACCAAAUAGCGCUUAACAUCAAUUGACAGUGAUUUUAGAAACUUAUUAAAUGCAAAGAGAAAAGCUUAUUACAUCUCCUAGAAGUAUAAGAUCACACUAAACACUACUAAUAAGUAAAAGAAAUGCUGAAAUGAAUAAAUUAUAGGAAAGUGAUUUUAUACCUUCUGAAGAAUUGAAUAAAGAUGAAAAAUGUAUUUAUAAAUACUUUGUUAAUAAAUUUACUGGAAGAAUUUAUUAUACUAGUUCUUCUGAUUUAAGUGAAGACAACGUUCAAUAUAACAAUAUUAGAUUAAAUAAAGCUGCACUUGUAAAUAAUUAUUUAAGUUUAGACUCAUCCUCAUAUAAUACAGAUUUUAGAAAUAGAAAAUGAAGAUUAAUAGUAAAAAGAUAAGUUAUAUUUUGAAUAUUGUUCUUAAGAAAGUUUAUAGGAUUAUGUUGAAAAGCAUUAAGAUUUAAAUUUGGAAUAAAUCUCAAUUAUCGCAUCUUAAAUUAUUUCAGUUGUAGGUCAUUUACAUUCUAAAUAAUUAUAUCAUAAUAAUUUAGAUAUGCAAUCAUUUCAAUUUUAUGUGAAUCCUAAAUAUCAUUAUUUGAAAUUAAUAAAUAUAAAUGGAUUAUUUCAAUUUAAGAAAAAAGAACAUAGUAGCACAAAUUUUGAUAUCGUAGAUAGAAAUAAAUCACCAGAAUUAGAUAUAUGGUAGAUAGGUUUGAUAAUUUUUUAGAUGAUUGCAAAGUUAAAUGCUGCAAAAAUUAAUAAUUAUAAGGAUUUAGAUAAUGAAAUGUGGCUAGAGACAAUAAAAUCUAAUUUAAAACUUCCAUCAAAUAUAAUUGGAAUCAAUUUAAGAUCUUUAGUUUUGGCAAUGUUAUAGUUAGCUCCUUAAUAAAGAAUUAAAAUUGAAUAAAUAAAGGAAAAUAAAUUUAUUUAAUUGGGAAAUUAAGAAUUUAUUAAACUACAUAGAGUAAAAUUAAUACCAUAAAAUGUUCAUAAAAAAAUUAAUUAUUUACAAAAAUGCUUUACCUUUUAUAUGAUUGAAUCUAUGGUUCCUCAAUAAUUUCUUAUAAUGAAAAAACUUUAUGACAUAUUAGAUAAAAAUGAAGAUAACAAUUUAAAUUUAAUAAGUCUAUGUAAAUUAGUACAAGAAUUAUUUGAAGAUUAAAAUGCAGCAUCUGAUUAUUAAUAAUUGAUAGAAUCUAACCAAUAAGUUAGUUUUCAAGAUUUUUUAGUAAUGAAUAUCAAUUUGAGUAGAGUUUUAACGAUUGAAAAUUUAAGAAAAGGAUUCUAAAUAUUAUCAAAUAAAAGCUAGUAUAUUAGUAAAAAAAGCAUAAUAAAAAUUAUGUAAACAGAUUAAUAAUCUUUAAAUAAAGAAUUUGAAAAGCAUUGUUUAAAAUGGAGGGUAAUUAUAAUUUAAUUAUAUUAGUUUACUUAUGAUCAUUUUAUAAAUUUUAUGGAAAAAAUUAAAUGA